AUGGGCGCGAAGAAUGCUGUCUGGCAGGUUGCAAAGUGGUCAGCUGACGGCGUAUCUUUGAACGAAGCCAUCGAGGAGCCAUCUCCGGUUGCUGUGGUGCGCAAAGAAAGGGGAUCUCGUCGUAAGAUAUUGUCCGAUCCUGAAUCUCAUGAAGUUAGAGAAAGUCUACAAGAAGAUUCAAUCUCCAUCGAUGAGAAUACUUUAAUGGCUCUUCGAAGACAUGCGGCAGCCGCGAAAAGUGUAAAAGAUGAUUUUUCUGCUGAUGUGGGAACGUCGAGCCCUGAGCAUGGUCAAAGUGAAGAGCACGCGCUUGAUGGUAGUUCAGCGGAGUCUCAUGAUACUACCAGUCGGGAACGUGAGCAGUUGACGGAAAUCGUUGAUGACCCGAGCGAUACAAUUCAAGCAGCAGAGCCAGUCACGAUUGCUUAUGAGUAUCUGUUGCAGCAAAACGUGCUACACCCAACUCUCUUGAAAGACGAAUCGAGUGCAAGGAAUUCCGGAGAAGUUCCUAAGAUGAAGAACAAAACCAUUGCCGAAAGGUCCCGCCGUCAUUUGGUGCUGAACGAUCGUGUCGAUAUAUGGACAAAG